UUUUGUCAGAAGGCUAUUUUUUUUUAUUUAUUUCAAAAAUUUCUGUGAACUUCAAGAGAUUCGUUUUUCGUGUGUCAGAAUAAAAAAAUAGCGACACCUUGUGGCGAUUCCGCGGAGUCAUAUCAGCUGAGAACCGGACGAAAUUCUCGCUUCGCUAAGAUUUGUUUGUGAGGAACAUGUACAUUUUCAUUUUAUUCGCUUGUUUCCCAACAUAAAUACUCGGUUUUCUAGGCUUCUGAAAUUAAGAUUUUAGGAAUUUAAUUAAAACAAGAGAGCUAUGCUCAAAUUUAUGGACAUGUAAUUCACAAGUAAUGCGCCUGUGCCAGGGUUACGAUACAAGGACUGUCCAACCUACUGUGCUGUGACGUUGAUCCAUUCUUCACGAUUCAAUUUCAACGUGAAUUGACAUACCAACUGAUCCGAGUAACUUCUACCCCAUAAAAACUUCCCAUUUCCGCUAUAAGACAACCGCAGCAAAUGGUAAUUUGCGUCGCAGCUGAUGACGCCCAGCGUUAUAUAUUACGAUGCGAAAGUUAUGUUUUACAUUUAUUAUAUAAAUUAGAUUUAUAUAAAGUGUCUGCCAUAAUUAUGUAGGCAUUCUGAAAUGAGGGAACCUGUUGUUAACGACUUUGAUACACUGCACAAAAGAAAUUGUCAUACAAAAUAUAGUCGGCAUGCACAAAUAUAUUUGCACAAGGUAUCCAUGGGCAGUACUAAGUAUCUAGCCUUUCUGGUGGUAAAAAUAAUAAUGGAUGAAAAUGUAUUUGUAUAUGUGAAGCAUGAAAUAUGUAAAUCGCGUAAAUUGGCCUCAUAAAUCAACUACUUUUCAAGACCAUGGGAAGAUUGAGGAACUAUUUUCCUUAUAGGGUCCUGUCAAUACGCAUUUGAGUUUCAAAUUAUCUAUACCAAUGUCUUAUAACCAUGACUCGACCUUUUCCAAUCGAUGCUUUUUAUAGAACACUCAUCUUUUAGAAAUGCUGAAGUCUUUUUUUUUCUCUUCGGUAUAUGGGUGAGGCUAACGUUAAGGUUAUAUUAACCCUUAUAUUAACCUUCCAAGUUGGAAUUAUACAUGAAAUAAAACAUAACUGUGGUAUAGGAUUUGUAGGUUGUAAACCUGUCAGUUGGGAGAAGUCCUGUUAAAUGCGAGCAUAUUACGCUUUAUUGAAGAUUUGUCGAUUCAUCCUAUUUUCCGUCUUUGAAUGUUGUGUAAACUUUCAGUGUCAUUUUAAAUGUUGUUUAUAGUACUACUUUGUCAUUGAUUCCGUGUGGGAGAAAUAAUAAUAAAAAUCCUAUUUUGUAAAAUUGAACGGAAGUGGUAACUUAUUAUAUAUACCGCACGUCGUACCUUGUUUGCCGCAUUGUCGCACUGCGGGUGAACCAGUAGUUUGAAGUAAAAUGUUUAAUUUCAACAAUUUACUUUUAGCAUUUCAACUUUUAGUAUCUUUAAAAUCCGUUCACGCCGGCUACGAGUGGAGAUUCUAUUCAAGUCGCGUGACUUGGGAUGGAGCAAGUGCAUCCUGUCAAAAUAUGGGAUUCAAUCUUGUGAACUCCGAUGAAGCACUAAGUGCCUUGCGGUCUAACUUAGGGCGUACGUCCAUCAAUGAGCUGUGGAUAGGAUUAUAUGAGCUGUCACGCGGAGGAACAUGGAAAUGGUUGGGCGGGUCAUAUGCAUAUGGUAUUCCGUGGGAACCUGGUCAACCAGACAAUGGAGGAUGGCCGAAUUUUGGGGGUAAUGAAGACUAUGCAAUUAUAAGAAAAAAGGAUGGCCUGAUAGAUGACAAACUUCGGAAUUCAAAAUUUGGCUAUGUCUGCCAAAGGAAAUGGUGGAUUGGAACAACAAUUUCUAUAAAACAAACUUCCAAUUCCGUCGUUUGUCAACUGUCUGGUUAUCCAACUCCAGACGUCCUCUGGUAUUACAGAAACCAUAAAAUUACUUUCACAUCAUCCUCUCGAGUGUAUCAAAGUCAAGGCACAGGUCAAUCAAGUUUAUACUUAUCCAAUACAAACUUACUAAACGAAGGAGUGUACAAUUGCAUUGCUAAAAACACUGUAGGAACGAGAUCUGGACAAGCCGUUGUGAGAGUACCAAGUCGACCAACAAUUUUAUCAAGAACAUCAUUACCAUGCGAGUCUACAUUAAUCAUCAAGUGGAGAUCUCAUCCGAAAGCUAUUGGGUUAAGACACAAAAUCAUUUUGAAAAUCAGUCCACGAUACAUUAUAGUUAAAGAAAAGUACGUUUAUGCAAAUGGAAAUGUUAAUAUCGAAUUCAAAGAUUUGAUUCCAUCAACAUUUUACAGAUUGGAGAUCUUUCCAUGUCCACUUGAUUGUUACUCGUCAUAUACUGCAGUAAGCCCUGGUUUAAAAACAAAAGGAUUGCCUGGACCUGUUUCAAACCCCUCCAUUGACACUUACAAAGGAUUUUGCAAAGUUUCUUGGUCGUUUCCAUUGGAAAAUCAGCAUUCCGAUAUUAUUGGGUUUAAGAUUAAUGUUUCGAGUUCAUUGGCGAAAGUGCCGUUUUUCGGAUAUUCAUUACCAUCAAACACAUUUGAAUAUUUAUUAGAUAAUUAUACAAAUCAGACCUUCCAAUUUCCAAAUAUUCCUAAUAGAAAAUACUAUGUGACCAUACAAGCUAAAACAUGCGCUGGAUACGGAGAAUUUAAAGUGCCUGACGGAGAAUGUGUCACUCAUACAAAAGCACCAGAAUUUAUUGACCAGCCGACGACAAAUGACGGCAUUUUUGACAACGGUCAUCUCGCAAUUAAUGUGAAAAUACCUGAUGAAGGCAAUGGACCAAUCAGCUGUAUAUUCGUUGUUGUAAGGCGGACAAACAUUUCAAAUGUUUCUGCAAUUUUAUACGGUAAACAACGACUGAUAAAUGCUAGUGUUGGCGACACAGUACCGGAAUCAGAAUAUAUUGCACUUUCUCUCAACAGGACACGAUACUUCCAGAACAGAACAAAUUAUAAGUCUGGGAAUGUCACUCUUACACUUGGAACAAAGUCUCUCACGACAUGUUAUUUGCACGGGGAUUUAAAACACAGGAAAAAUAUAUCAAACGAGUCUUACUUCGAUCUACCAAUGAAACUCAGAGGAUACAACAUGAAACUGAGCACAAAGAAAUCAUACAUAAUUCAUAUCGUCUCCGCAACUCCAACAACGAAUAGAGUGUUGUUUCAAGUCAGUGAUGGUUUAUUGCUUGAGAAAGAACCAGACCCACCAGAGCAAUUUCCCGUCUUUGCCAUAUUGCUUUUAGUAAUUUGGAUUAUAGUCAUACUGGUUGCAUGCGGUACAAUUGUAUCUUGCGUGAAAAGAAAAAAGGAGGAAAAGAAUGAAGAGCAACAAAAAAAUACCAUUUCAACAAUAUCGUAUAGUGCAAAACUAAACAAGUCCGCUAUAGAAUCGUGCCAUGGAAAAUUGGAACCGUCGGAAGGAAGUGACCAGAAAGAUAAUAUAUACCAUUCCUACGAACAUAUAAAGGAUCCAGAUCAAUCAUCCACGCGUAAGUACGAAGAAAUACGCGGACCAGGAGGGGCAUCUAAUAGGAGUUAUGAGUUUAUAGAAAACGUAACAGGCGUAGAACUGAAAUCAGUCGGAACUGGCGAUCACCCAUACGAUAUGAUCACAGACAUCGAUAAACAACUGCAAUGAGAAUAAAAUGAAUGAAGCAAGAACAUAAUAUGACCCAGUUAGUGCCAUUUUACCUUCAUUGCCAGGCAUUCUGAACAUUAUCAUAUUUACUAUUUUUAAAAACUUAACGUAUAUGUUAUGCUUUUCUUCAAGAUCUGAAUAUUAAUAAAACAUUAUAUGUAUCGUA